UAAGAUGAAAUCCGAAAACAAAACAGUACCAUUGGUUGUUUCGGCAUGGCUCCAAAGAGAACAGGCAGAUUUACCAGCACCAGAGGUAAACCAAAGCGAAAGAAGUACAACCUGUUAACCAUCAGACAGCAAAAGGACUACCGGGAAUUUGGUGAAGCUCACCCUGUAGACAGCCGUGAAAAGUCCAAGAAAUAUAUCACAGUACAGGACGAAGUGGAUCACAAGGACAAACAGCCCCCAGUUGUUGAGAGCUCAGAUGAAAGCGAGGAAGAUGUGCCCAUUAUCAAACAACUCAUGCAGGAAAUAGGAGUGAGAGAAGAGGAGCCUGAGUCAGAGAUAGAGGAGGGGGGUACAGAAGAGGAUGAGGAUGUGGGUGACAGUGGGCAGGAGGAGGAGAGUGGUGAGGAAGCUGAAGAAGCUGAACUUGCUGACAGUGACGCAAGUGAAGCAGAUUCGAUGUCAGAUUCUGCUGACAAUCCAACUGUUGAGUCACAAAAGCAAGAUCCAUCUUUAGAAAAGGAUGAAGCUAAUGACGGUGAGGAAAUAAAUGAUGAUGAGGUAGAUGAAGAUAUAGUGGCUGAGGAAGUAGAUGAAGAAAGUGAUAAUGAGCACCAAGAUGAGCUGAGUUUAAAAGAAUCAGACCCCUUCACCAAACAUUUUGAGUUGGAAACUGAUAUCUCAGAGAUUGUUGAAAACACAAGCUUGAAAUGGAGGAAAAAAGAACUCAAGCUUCCAGGUCUAGGUGAAAGUUUACUUUUUUACAAAACAGCUGACCACUUGCCUGACCCAGAGAGCCACAGUGACCUGAAGAAACUUCAUGUAAAACACAAAUUGUGCAACAAGGUGCGCUCAACAAACACACAGCUGGCCAGUGUUGAGCUAAAGUCUGGAGAAUCACUGAACCAUUUCCAACAUCGCCUGUUCUGUGCCAUCAAUGGCUACCAGGAUCUGUUGUACCCUAAAGAAACACACCACAACACUGAGGAGGUCAGGAUGGUUUAUUGUCUGCAUGCCCUCAACCACAUUCUCAAGACCAGAAGUCGUGUGGUGGCUCACAACACAAAAAUAAAGAGCAAGAAAAACAAGGAUGAUGAUGAUGUAGAGUACAGGGACCAGGGCCUGACCCGCCCCAAAGUUCUCAUCCUGCUGCCCUACAGAGACCGCGCCCUCAAGGUGUUCAACAUGAUCAUCAGUUUGUUGUCCUCAUCAGAGAAGGUGGGUGUGAGCAGCAGGAAGAGAUUUGAGAGUGAGUACUCAGAGCUGGACAAGUCCAACCUGGCAGAGAAAACAUACAAGCCAGAUGACUUUAAGAAAACAUUUGAAGGCAACAUUGAUGACAACUUCCGUGUUGGUCUAAGCAUAGCUAAAAAAAGUGUGCGUCUCUACAGCCCAUUCUAUGAGUCUGACAUCAUCUUGGCCUCACCACUUGGCCUCCGCACAGUCAUUGGCCUGGAAGGUGACCGUGAUCGAGAUUACGACUUCCUUUCAUCAAUUGAAGUUUUAAUCAUUGACCAGGCAGACAUCUUUCUCAUGCAGAACUGGGAUCAUUUCACGCAUGUGAUGAAUCACCUCCACCUACAGCCCAAAGAGUCCCAUGGAGUGGACUUCUCUCGUGUCAGAAUGUGGGCCAUCAAUGGCUGGAGUAAACAUUUCCGUCAGACUUUGAUGUUUAGCAGUGUGAUACUGCCUGAGCUGUUGAUGAUUUUUAACAAACACUGUCACAAUUUCACAGGCAAACUUUUGGUACAGAGAGAUAUUAAGACUGGAACAAUCAGGUCAUGUGUGUCAGACACACCACAGAUAUUUCAUCGUGUACCUUGUGAUGCUCCAGAUGGCCUGACCCAAAGAAAAGCCAAGUUUGAAUACUUCAAGAAAAAAAUUGUGCCCUACCACACAUCAGCAGGGAUGAAGCAGACAUUGAUCUACUGCAACUACUACAGCUUUGUCAUGCUGCGCAACUACUUCAGGGAGACAGAGGCAGACUUUUUGUUCAUCAAUGAAUAUGACACAGAGAAACACAUGAGGAAUGCCAGAAUUCACUUCAGAAAACGCCAUCCACACUUCAUGCUUUACACAGAGAGGCUACAUUUUCACUAUAGGUUUAGACUGCGAGGUAUCCACCAUAUCCUGUGGUUUGAUCUACCCCAAUACCCCCAGUUUUACCCUGAGCUGCUAAAUCUGAUGGAGACAGACAGACAAUCUUGUACAACCACAGCCUUGUUUACUAGGUAUGAUGCCCAGAAACUGGUUGAGAUCAUUGGCAACAAACAAGCAGCACAUAUGUUAAACUCUGAGAAGUCUGUCAACAUGAUCACAGUAUCUUGAUGUCACAUGAUCACUUGAUGACUGAACUGGAUGACACCAAGAUAUUUUAAACAACGCUGUCUACAUGAUUCUUACACAAGGCUUUAUAGACCACAAAUUGUGGCCAUCAG